UUGUAGGUUAUAUAUAAACCUAAAACCGUGGUCAGUGAAGACGUGUAGCUUGGGUUGUGCCCUAGCCUAGUACGAACACGAUUACUCUAAACAAUGGUGCGGCCAUAUGCAGUGAAGGGGAAGAAGAGGAAGAAGACAGUAGAGAAAUAUGACAAAGAAGAAGAAGACGAUGCGCUAGAGCUAGAGGAUGAACAACGAGAACCCAAAACACAAAAAGUAGAAGAAGAAGAAGAAGAAGAUGGUGACUCAGUUGAACUUGAGGGAAUCCCUCUUGCCCCAUCUACCCAAAAACCUAAGGACCAACCUGGGGUUAUCUUUAUUCUUGAGAGAGCUUCUUUGGAAGUUGCAAAAGUUGGAAAGACUUACCAGCUUCUGAGCUCUGAUGAGCAUUCCCAUUUCUUGAUGAAGAAUAAAAAAAAUCCUGGAGAUUACAGACCUGAUAUUACUCAUCAGGCUCUACUAAUGAUCUUAGAUAGUCCACUUAAUAAAGCUGGGAGAUUGCGAGCAGUGUAUGUGAGAACAGAGAAAGGCGUUCUUAUUGAAGUUAAACCAUUUGCUCGCUUACCAAGAACUUUUAAAAGGUUCAGUGGUGUCAUGUUGCAACUAUUACAGAAACUUAGCAUAAGUGCUAGCGGUAAGCGCGAGAAACUUUUGCGGGUGAUCAAGAAUCCUGUCACCCAAUAUUUGCCGAUCGAUUCUUGCAAAAUAGGCCUAUCAUACAGUUCAAAGAAAUUGGUGAGAAUGCAAGACUAUGUGACAACACUUAGCAACGAUUCAAACCUUGUUUUCGUGGUUGGUGCAAUGGCCCACGGGAAGGUUGAACCAGACUAUGUUGAAGACCACAUAGCAGUUUCUGGUUUUCCUCUGAGUGCAGCAUAUUGUACUACAAUGAUUUGCCAGGCAUUGGAGAAAAAGUGGAAUAUACUGUAAUCCGUGUCCUUCCAAUGAUUUGAUUUAAAUUCCAGUAGUUUACCUUUUUCUUGUCACCAGGGUAUGGUUCUUCGGUAUAGAAAUGAUAAAUAGCCAUUUUGUCAUAACUUUCUUCCUAGUCCAAGAAACGUAGUAUUGAGUAUUAUUGUUGACACAUUAUUGUUUGUUUACAUAAAAGUAAAAGAAAUGUCAAAUGAGUCUUCCGUAGACAUGAACUAUAAGACUUUUGUUUGUUAUGGACUUUCAAUUCCGAGCUUUAUUCAGAGAUGAACUUUUGAGAUUGUGUUA